AUGCUCACUAUCAAACUAAUUGAAGGUAUCAAAUUAUUAGGUAAGGAUUCCAGAACAGUUGUUUGGAAGUCGUGGCGAAAAUUGGACAACCAACCAGAUCAUCUUAAAAAGUUUAUAUUUGGUUUGAAACAAGAUGAAGCUGAACGUACGAAUCUAAUUAUUAUGAGCCAACAAGAUAAGUCAAACCAGUCUCUGGGUAUGAACAGUAACUCUGGUAACAUUAAUCCAGAUGCAUUUAACACACCUGAUGAAUAUAAAUUAACAUCAGAAUAUCAAUUUUCUUGUUGGCAUGAACGUUUUUUGAAUACAGCUGGUUACGCAACUGGGUUAUCAGACUACAUCAAAAAUGAUAAUGCUGCUUAUAAUGAGCAAUUGAAUUCGUACGUAGAUCUACCGAGUUAA